AUGGAAAACUGUCUGAUUUCCAAGAAGAAGGAGAACAUCCUGAACCUACUGGCUUGCUGGAAUGAUGACACUGAACCCCCUAUACCCGACCCCAUCAUGGUGCCUUAUAUCCACGGUUACAGAAGCUGCAAGGAGAUCAAGCUCUUUGAACCAAAUGCAACAGAUGGGAUAUAUACCUUGACGACUACUGUUGGUGAAUCCUACCAGACCUUCUGUGAUAUGAAAACCCACGGUGGAGGCUGGACCUUAGUUGCUAGUGUCCAUGAGAAUGAUGUGUAUGGAAGGUGUACUGUGGGGGAUCGCUGGUCAAGCCAACAGGGAAAUCGGCCUGAAAGCCCACAAGGAGAUGGCAACUGGGCAAACUAUGCCACUUUUGGUUCUCCUGGAGGUGCAACCAGUGAUGAUUACAAGAAUGCAGGAUAUUAUGACAUAAGGGCUGAGGACCUGAGCAUUUGGCACAUCCCCAAUGACACUCCAUUGUCUCGAUGGAAAGAUUCAGCUCUUCUGAGAUACCACACUGAGACUGGCUUCCUUCCUGGAGAAGGUGGAAACCUCUUUCAGCUAUACAAGAAAUACCCAGUGAUGUACAAUGCUGGCAGCUGCCUAACUAAUAAUGGUCCUGACGUUCCUGUUGUAUAUGACUUUGGAAGUGCUGUAACAGCAGCUAACUACUACUCACCAUUUGGUAGAGCUGAAUUUAUUUCGGGUUUUAUACAGUUUCGGGUAUUUAACAAUGAGAAGGCAGCGCUGGCUUUGUGCCCAGGAAUGAAGGUGACCGGCUGUAACCCGGAACAUCAUUGCAUUGGAGGAGGGGGAUACUUUCCAGAAGCAAGCCCCAAACAGUGUGGAGAUUUUCCUUCCUACGACUGGGAUGGAUAUGGAGAAGGCAGUGGAUCCAGUUGCAGCAAGGAAAUCACAGAAUCUGCUGUUCUCCUCUUCUAUCGCUAA